GUUUUUUGGAAUUUUCUAUUUAAAAAGUUAAAGAGUCUGGACUUUUGUGUUUUCAGAAAAAAAAAAAAAAUAUGGUUUUAUUUAAACAUUUUCUAAAAUAUUAAGAUUUUUUUAAAGAUUUGCAUAAUUAGAUAUAUAUCAAAUAUUAAUAGUACUCAAGUUCAAUUGGGCCCGAAUUCGUUUAUAUGUUCGUAUCAAUUGGGCCAAGUUCGUUUUUGCGUUAAUAUGACGCAUCGCGUAUACUCUCGUUCAGUUGUUUAAGCAAAGCAAGUAUUCAGCAAAUAGAAGCGGGAAAUUAAAAUUGAAGUCCGGUUUCUGUAUGUGGAAGGAAGACGAUAGGCAUGAAACAAAAUCAAUGAAUCAAUGGUUGAAGGCGAUUCAUUGAUUCAAUUGCAUCAACAAGCCAAUAUUCUUUUCUCCUGUUCUCGUCUUCCCGAAUCCAGAUUCUCUAGCAACACUCUUUUCACAUGUUCUUAUUUCCCCGAAUCCGAAUUCGUAUCACCACAUUCUUGAAUCCAGUAGGCAACAAGUCGCUAAGCAGCAACCAAGUCCGAUUCUGAUUUUACUCUCCGACUCUCCAAGUAGGAAUGGCCAAGACAAGAAAUAUGACUGGGAACCGGAAUCAUGAUGACAAUGAUGCAUCAUCAUCAUCAUCAUCAUCUAGCAAGAAGAGUUUUGACAAGGGUGAUGUGGCAUCUUGGUCAGAUCUAAACCAUGAUGUGCUUUUUCUAGUUAUGAUGCAACUUGGAUUUGUUGAUUUUUUUGCAUUCAGUGGAGUCUGCAAGUCAUGGAGGUCAUUGGCACUCUCUAGGAGGAGUAUAUACAUGGCAUCCAUACCUCCCAUGUCAAUCCGGUCUGGGUCUGGUAAUCAAGAUUCGUAUUGGCACCUGAAGGAUUUUAAAAAAAAAACAUGUAAAACCAUUAUUCCAGAUUCAGCUGGCAGGAGAUGUUUUGGAUUGACUUGUGGUUACCUGAUCUUGUUCAGUAAGGAAACUCGCGACUUCUUGCUUGUGAAUCCUAUCACAAGACAUGAACUUCGUUUCCCUAAUUACCCCUUAUAUGUUCGUGCUUAUGAAAGCAUCAGGGCUAUCCUCGUCUUUUCACCUUCAGUAUCAGGGUGGGUGUUUGUUGUGCUGAAUAAGAAGCUAUCAUUUUGUAUGGAAGGGAAACGAGGAUGGAAUCAUGUCUCCUCCACUCUCCCCAUCCGUGAUUUCUAUGCUUUCAAGGGGAAGAUAUAUACUCUACAUACCGAUCUCUCUGUAUGUGAACUCAGACUCGAUCUGAAUGGGAAACGUAAAUGGAUGUUAUUCGAAUCCAAGAAUUUUACGAAGCCAGACAUAUCACAUCCAGAGCUUGUAAGUUCUGGUGAAAAGCUUUAUCUGAUAUGUGAGCAUGCAACACAGGACAAGGUUUUGGAACUAGAUGUUGGUGAAAUGAAAUGGGUGUCUCCUGAAAAGACAAUUGGAGAAUAUGCUUUCUUUCUUAGUAGUGGCUGGAAGAAGUCUUCUGCUGCUAUUAAACCAGACUCAUGGGCUGCUGCCCAUCCGACACAAUACAAGACCUAUGAUUACUUCCUUCAUGCUAAUGAAAGUCGAAAACGACACUGGUACUAUUAUGAACCACUGUGGUACUUCCCCCAUGAUUGUUUGACUGUUAAUAUCCUUGUUGACUGAUGACUUGUUAGUAUUGACUGUUGUCUUUUGUGUACAUAAUAAGUUGCAAGAUGCAAACAUAAUCAAUCUUCUUUCAUUCCUUGAGCCAUUGGAAUCUAGGUAGCUACCCUUUCAUGCUUGUGUUACACUUCUAAGUAGGCCUGGGUUUAGUUGUGAUACCUGUCUUUAGUUAGUAAGGGUAAUAUGGUCAUUUUCUUGUAAAGUCUGUUUGGUCAGUUAUAGUGUUAGUAGUUGUAUCUUGGAUCGGAUUUAGUUGAGUGAGGUCACUUGGCCUCUAAAAACAAGCUUGUUCUUGGGUUGUUAAAGAAAACAUGUUUGCGAA